AUGGGAGGCUCCUUGUCUCGUAUGUGGUCCUUCCUCUGGACGAAGAAGGAGAUUCGCAUCCUCAUCCUCGGUCUGGAUAACGCCGGAAAAACAACCCUUCUAUACAGACUCAAGAUUGGUGAAGUUGUUACUACGAUACCAACCAUUGGUUUCAACGUCGAAUCGGUGACGUAUCGCAACCUGAAUUUCAAUGUCUGGGAUCUCGGAGGUCAAACGUCCAUUCGGCCCUACUGGCGCUGCUACUAUGCGAACACCGCUGCUGUCAUAUUCGUCAUUGAUUCCACAGAUAUUGAACGUCUCAGUACGGCUGCCGACGAACUAGCGGCCAUGCUGAACGAGGAGGAGCUUAGUGAUGCGGCGCUGUUGGUAUUUGCCAAUAAGCAGGACCAGCCUGGCGCCAAAGGUGCCGGCGAGAUAUCAGAGGCUCUCAAGCUGGGAGAGCUCCGGGAUAGACACUGGAGCAUCGUCGCAUGCUCUGCUAUCGAUGGCAAAGGUCUUAACGAAGGCAUGGAUUGGCUGGUGCAAACUCUACAGUCUGAAAAUGCAUGA